AUGCUUGGCUGCCGCCUGCAAAGUCUCGACGCUGCAAGCGAUGCUGCUCUUGCAAUAGCGACCGCUCCGAGUGAUGUCUCUAAUAGCAAAAUCGAGACUGAUUGCAAGCUCGCGGCUAAGCUCCUGCCUGGCACUUGCCAAGUCGAAGGUGAGUGGGGGCAUACCAGACUCAUUUGACGCACUCCAAAUGGACCGUCCGUCAAUGUCAACGUUCGUCAGUCGUCAAGUCGGUGGCUGUCGGUAGCGCGCGCUGUUUCAGAAGAGAGAAAGUAUUGUGUUCACAAGUGGGGCCAACUUCACUCAAUUACUAA